AGUCGUCUGCCUUUUUUAACUUCAAAGCUUUGAAUAUUUGAAUUGAAAUAACAGUUGGGAUUUUCCUACAGUAGAGUAAAAUCUAAAUAUUGUUACAGUACAAUGACUACCGAAUUAACACUAAAAUUGGAUGAUAUUGAUUUCAAUGUGUUGUCGGAAAUGGUGUAUGAAGAAAACCGAUUGAGCACUUUUUUAAAAAAUCGACAGUGGCCUUUCUUGGAAGACUGCAAUUGCACUCCUGAGAAGAUGGCUACAGCAGGGUUCUACUGGUGUGGCUCUGAGAGUCAGCCCGAUCUAGUGAGGUGUUUUGUUUGUCUUAAAGAUUUUGAAGGCUGGGAGCCCAACGAUAUCCCUAAGGAUGAACAUAAAAGGCUUAGCCCUCAGUGUCCCUAUGUCAAGUUGGGAAAGGAGCCGGAAAAUUGUACAGUGAAAGAGGUGAUGGAGUUGUGUCAAAAAAGUUUAAUCAACUUUAUUGGAAAAGUAUCUAACACACAAGUAGAGCAGUAUACAAAUCUGGCUAAAGAAAUUUCCAACAAACUAGAAUUUUUGGGGGAAAGUAACAUGGAUGUAUCUGAUUAAAUUGUUUAUAAUAUAUGUCAUAAGACAAAAUAAAAUCCAUAAUGCUUCUAAGUG